GAUUUCACUUUUUGCAGUUUGUUUAAACUGCAAAUCUACCUCAAACUUUUACAGGUUGAUCCACCACUGUUUUUUUCAACGAAACCCAUAAUCAAUAAUCAAAGUGUACCGAUUAUAUAUAACUUCAACUUUUAUUACAAUUAUCGAGUUUAAGCUUUCAAAACUCAUUUUGAAUAAUUAAUUUGAAUAUAUAUACCAUGGAUCUUGAUUCAGACGUCCCUCAAAUCCCAGAUUACAGAUUAUCAGAGAAACAAUUUCUCUUGACCACUGGUAUAACUGGUCGCCACCGUGAAGAAAUCUUUGAAGAAUUGAUAGCAUCAAUUAAAGAAGAUAAUCUUGCACCAUACUAUAAAUACUUACAAUCUCAAUAUUCUGAUUUCCCAUAUGAUGAAGAAGUUUAUACUGCAUUAGCUGCAAAGAAUGAAGAAGAGAUUUCAAAAUUGACACAAAUAAUAAAGGAAGCAGAAGCUGAUGAUGAAACUGAAGUGGAUAUAUUAGGUACCACCAUAAAAUUAGCAGAAUAUUAUACCAAGAUUAUUGAUAGAAAGAAUGCCACUGAAACUUUAAAGAAAGCAUUGGAUUUAUCCCCAGGUACUGGAUCAAAAAUUGAUCUUCUUUUAACUUUAACUAGAGUUGAAUUCUUCUUUAAUGAUUAUCCUUUGGUAUCCAAAUACUUAGAUCAAGUUAAAUCUUUGAUAGAUAAAGGGGGUGAUUGGGAACGUCGUAAUAGAUUCAAGACUUAUAAUGGUAUUUAUUUAAUGGCCACCAGAAACUUUUCUGAAUCUGCAAAAUUAUUAAUUGAUUCAUUAGCUACAUUCACUUCAACUGAACUUUGUAGUUAUCAACAAGUUGCUCAAUAUGCCAUUGUUACUGGUGUUUUAUCAUUAGAUAGAGUUGAUUUAAAAGCAAAGAUCAUUGAUUCUCCUGAAAUUUUAUCAAUCUUUUCAUCUGCUCCAGAACUAGAACCAUUACUUGAUCUCACAAACUCAUUAUAUACAUGUCUGUAUGUUUAUUUUUUCCAAUUCCUUUUAAAAUCAUAUGAUAACUUAUUACUUCCAAACAAGUACUUGCAUCAACACGCCAAUUAUAUCUUACGUGAAAUGAGAUGUAAAGCAUAUGGACAAUUAUUAGAAAGUUAUAAAUCCUUAUCAUUGAAAUCUAUGGCUCAAAAUUUCAACAUUACUGAAGAAUUCUUAGAUCAAGAUUUAUGUAAAUUCAUUCCAAACAAAAAGUUGAAUUGUACAAUUGAUAAAGUUAAUGGUAUAAUUGAAACUAACAGACCAGAUAAUAAAAAUAAUCAAUAUCAUUUAUUAAUUAAGCAAGGUGAUAAUUUAUUAACUAAAUUACAGAAAUAUGGUGCUGCAGUUAAAUUAAGUGGUGCAGAAAGAGUAGCUUAGUUGUAUAGACAUGUAAUUGAUAUUAGAUUAAUAUAACCAAAUAAGUUAAAUCAUCUUAAGAGUAAAAAUUAUAGAAUUUUAAAAAAAUAGUAUAAAGAGAUUGCAAAAAAUAAAAGGAAUAAUGAAGGAUGCGAGGUUCGAACUCGCGCGGACACCGUCCAACAGAUCUUAAGUCUGCCGCCUUAGACCACUCGGCCAACCCUCCAAUUUUCGACAAAAAAAAUUGCUACGUUUGUGGCAAAGAAAAAAUAUCCUUAACAAAAAAUUGAAUUUUCAAAAUUGGUAGCGCGGUUUGAGCUUUUUAAACAUCUAAUCCAACAGGCAAUUAAAAGCAUUAAAAUAAUCUCAACUAUGUCUACUUAUCUAGUUUAUCCUUCUAUAUCUAAAGUAACUUCC